AUCCUAUCUAGCUCAGGUCACAUGUUCCAAUGUUUGCUACUUGCCUGAGUUGAUCACUAGAGCCGCCGUGAGGCUUUUAUCACGAAUUGCCGACGACACCGCGCGCGCCGGAGAAGAAAUUCACGUCGAUCUAUUUGGAUUGUUUAUCAUUAACAGAUACUGAUAUCUGUGAAGUGCCUCCUCGGAUUGUACAAUAUGAUUUCCCUGUGGGACCGAUGGCAUUCCACUAGAUGCUGCCUGUGCUGUCAUGUCCGCACGGGCACAGUUAUCCUGGGUGUUUGGUAUAUGCUGAUCAAUGCGGUGGUGUUGCUCAUCCUCGUCACGGCCCUGGGUGAUCCUGACCAGUACCAUCUGACCAGCGCUGAGCUGGCUAACGACUUGGAUGACAUGGAUGACGCCAACAUGUGUAUUGCUUCAGCGAUCUCGUUGCUGAUGAUACUAAUUUCUGGGAUGGCGACCUACGGUGCUUAUAAGCAACAUGCUGCUUGGAUCAUCCCAUUCUUCUGCUACCAAGUCUUUGACUGUGCACUGAACACCCUGGUGGCUGUUAGUAUUGUGGUCUACCCCAACACCAUACAAGAUUACCUCCAACAGCUGCCUGAGAACUUCCCCUACAAAGAGGACAUCAUGGCCAUGAGCAACGUGUGCCUGGUCUUCAUCGUGCUCCUCUUCAUCGGAUGCAUCCUCACCUUCAAAGCAUACCUGAUAGUGUGUGUGUGGAACUGCUACCGGUAUGUGCGUGCAAGAAGCACCACAGAAGUCCUGAUAUACGUCACUACUAAUGACACCACGGUGGCGUCACUCCUACACGACGCUAAGCCCUCGAUCAGAGCAGAUGGAGUCGCGCUAUCUGACGUACUGUUACCCCCAUACGAUGACACCAUGGCUAUUCCAUCAUCCAAGAACGCUCCUCCCCCCUACGGGGCACCCUACAUAGCAUGAAGAACCUGGGACGCUGUUCUGCUGACGGACUGGACCCCCUUGUUACUACAGCAGCCAGACCUGGGCAACAAAUAUUAUAUGUUUUCUUUCCAAUACGUUAUGCAUUUUAUAGUUGGCAUUUGAUAACUGUCACACUGGGUGUGUAGUGUUAGCAGUAUUUUAAUAAAAAAUAAAAAAUGUUUUGUAAUAAUUUGACCCAGGCCCCAAUACUACUGAUUCUUUCUAGAGAAUUUUACCUAUACACAUUUACUUACUACUUACCUGUUACUGUGAUACUGUUUAACAUUAUAAUGUUUGGAAUUAUUUAUUUUCACUGAUCUACAGUUGAAACAUCGAGCAGGAAAGAGUUAAAAUAUGAGAGCGCUAGUAGUGAGUGUAAUAGAGGAUAUAUAUAUAUAUUUUUCUUGCAUGUACUAAGCUGUACUUCUACAUGUUCUCUACUGUCAGUCCUAGUUCAAAGGCCACCCACCAGAAACGUGUUUUCAUGGUCUAAGUACACAUCCUCAGGGGUGUGUACUUAGUCCCCUCCUGUAUUUCCUGUUCACCCACGACUGCGUGGCCAAACACAACUCCAACACCAUCAUUAAGUUUGCUGACGACACAACAGUGGAAGGCCUGAUCACCGACAACGAUGAGAUGGCCUAUAGGGAGGAGGUCAGAGAACUGGCAGUGUGGUGCCAGGUCAACAACCUCUCCCUCAAUGUGAGCAAGACAAAGGAGCUGAUCGUUGACUACAGGAAAAAAAGGUCCGAACAGGUCUCCAUUAACAUCGACGGGGCUGAAGUGGAGCGGGUUGAGAGUUUCAAGUUCCUUGGUGUCCACAUCACCAAACACACCACAUGGUCCAAACACACCAAGACAGUUGUGAAGAGGGCACGACAAAACCUUUUCCCCCUCAGGAGACUGAAAAGAUUUGGCAUAGGUCCCCAGAUCCUCAAAAGGUUCUACAGCUGCACCAUCGAGAGCAUCCUGACCGGUUGCAUCACCGCCUGGUAUGGCAACUGCUCGGUAUCUGGUCGUAAGGCACUACAGAGGGUAGUGCGAACGGCCCGGUACAUCACUGGGGCCAAGCUUCCUGCCAUUCAGGACCUAUAUAAUAGGCGGUGUCAGAGGAAAGCCCAUUAAAAUUGUCAGACUCCAGUCACCCAAGUUAUAGAGUCUAGGUCUAGGACCAAAAGCCUCCUCUUGGACCAAAAGCCUCCUCAACAGCUUCUCCCCCCAAGCCAUUAGACUGCUGAACAAUUCAUACAAAUUGCCACUGGACAAUUUACAUUGACCCCCCCCACUGUACACUGCUGCUACUCGCUGUUUGUUUGUUACCUGUGCAUAGUCAAUUCGCCCCCACCUACAUGUACAGAUUACCUCAAUUAGCCUGAACUUAUGCACACUGACUUGGUACCAGUGCCCCUGUAUAUAGCCUCGUUAUUGUUAUUCUUGUGUUACUUUUUAUUAUUACUUUUUAUUUUAGCCUACUUGGUAAAUAUUUACUUCUUCGUGAACUGCACUGUUGCUUAGGGCUUGUAAGUAAGCAUUUCACGGUAAAGUCUACACUUGUUGUAUUCGGCGCAUGGGGCAAAUAAUGUUUGAUUUGAUAUGAAGCAAGUACUUGUGAGAGACCUACACAAAUCAAAUCAGGCACUGCAACCCCCCCAAAAAAAUAUAUUUACUGCCCAUGAUUUAGGCUGGUCCCUGAGCUGUAUGUGCAUUGUCAGAUUGCAGUCAGAGGAGUUGGCUAAAGCACAUACAGAUCUGGAAACAGGCAACUGAGGAUUGUAUCCUUGACUCAAAAUAUUUAUUUGUUCUGCCCAUGAUCACUGUUGGUUGUUGGAUGGCCUUUACAAACAACUUCCUUUCUGAUAGGGUGCACUGAGAGAAUGUAUGAAGUGUUGCUAUGCAAGGAAGGAUUACAAAGAGUCAAAGCACCUGCCUGUAAUCUAACUGAGAUGAUCGAAGAGCAGAAGUCAUAUCACCAAGUUACUGGGUACGUUAUAGUUGUGUGUAUAGAAAACUGUCAUUAUCCUGAAUUAUUACAACAGGACUGUGUUGAGUUGACAUUUCUUUAUUUUUAAGGUUGAGUUUUAUGACUUGUACAUUUGAUCUUAUAUCUGUGUUGUUUCCAAUAAAGGAAAAAGUGGUGGUCUUGUUUUUUAAUUAAGGCAAUGUAAGGGGACUGGUCUGCUCUGCCAGAUGCAGUUAAUGGCAAGCUGUUCCCCAAACGGGGGAUGUCCUCUGAGGACUCAGUCACAUUUAACCAUCUGCUGCUGCAGCAGCAUAAAAAGACACAGAAGUUAUAUUUAUUUGUCUAUUAAAAACACAUUUCAUUGA